UUUCUAAUUAUAACAAAGUGUUACAUUUUUGGUGUUAAUUUUGUACAUAAUAUUUGUGUUACUUUCUAACACAUUCAUCUUGUGUCAAAUUAAGAUAAAAAUUAGAGAAAAACGUUUCGGAACAUGCGAUAUUAUAUGUUAAAUUUAAUACAAAUUUUCCAACUGUAUACUCUCAUCAAGAUGCUGUAAAAACAAUACGUUUUUUUAUUGCUUAUCAAAUCGUAAUUAUUUUACAUUUUUGAUGCUUAUUAAUGUUUAUUAAUAACAAACAAUUAAAUGAUAAUGAAUAUGAUUGGAAGGGUAUUUAUGUAUGAAUCCAGUUGUUAGCCAAGACGUUUGAACGUUAUAGCUUGGAGAGUAUGGCAUUCGAUUUCGCCACAAAUAUCAGUUGAUACCUCAGCCAACGUUUGUUGUCUUACGAUGGUCCAUUUCAUCACAUGGUGGAUAUGCUCAAUCGGCUAAAUAAAUCCGAUCGAGAAUUAAAAUUAAUUUGAACGCGAUAAGCAAUGGAAACCAAAAAAAAAGAUUUACGAAAAGUGAUAGGUUUUAAAGACAUGAAGAACAAACCGAUAUUACCAAGAAAUAAACUAACAAAGGAAUAAUGUCUAAUUGUUUAUCAAGUCAAUAUAAUUCCUAUAACGAAGUGAAUAUAUAACGAGACUACGAUGUGGGAUGAUGAACCAGCGCCGUGGGACGCGGAGGAGCCCGCUCCGGCAGCGGCCGACGGUGCAGCGGAAGGUGCUCCUGCCGAGGGAGCUCCUGCCACCGAGAAACCGGUCCUGAAAUUGUUAAAGCUCGAGCCACCUCAUUACAAUCAUCACUGGGUCCGACCACUGUUCCUCAAUUACGCGUAUCUUUACGAUUACAGGAAGAACUAUUACAACGACGUGAUCGAUUAUCUUGAUUCGAGGCAGAAGGGUAUAUACCGCGAACCGCCUAGAGCUCAGGAAUGGGCAGAAAGGGCUAUGAGGACCUACGAUGAGAAGAAUGUAGACAAAAGCUUCAAACGAUCGGCCGACAUGAAGUACAUCACUAACAUGAGACUCACGUCCAGACAUUACAGCUAUCAUACUCGUGCCUACUACAGUCUGAAGUACCAGAAGAUCCUCUGAAUUGGUAAAUUAUCACUAAAAGUUAAAGGCUGUUAAAAGACAACCGUCAAAGACAAAUGAAAUUUCACAUAUGUAUCCUCUCACGUGUACACAGUCUCUCACGUGUAGAAUUUUUAUCAAUAUUAUUAUGUAAUAUUUAUUUAUCAAUCUAUAUGUCUUUCUAAUUUAAUCAACUUUAUUGUAUCGUUUUUUUUUUGCAAUUCGAUAAUUUUUAUUAGACAUUUUGUAUAAGCUAGUGAGAUAAAUAGCAAUGCAAUUUAAAUCUAACUGACGAUACUAAUAAAAUUGGUAACGAGUGGCGUUCAACGUUUGCCUAUUGCAGCUAAAGUAACAUUGCAUACUUGUACAUUUAUUUGACACAUGUACCGUUAGGAAUUGACGUUGUAAAAUAUAUCUUUAUUUGUAAAUAUCAGAAACUUUUCGAAUCGAUCA